GUUAUCCAUGGUAAGACAGAGCUAUGUAAUGGUCCCACAAGAUUGCCAGCACCACAAACAAGAUCUUGCAAUGAUUUUUUGGAUUAACCUUUUCACUUACCACUCGACACCAGAAAAGAGACCUGGUUCAGAAAGGAAACGAAAGAGAAGGGCAGAUAAUUUUGACCACACAGCUGCAGGUCAAGCAAAGAAAAUUAAUGAAUAUUUUAGGCAUUCUUCAACAAGCCCCAGUAGGAAUCCAGUUAUGAUGGGCAAUCCCAAGUCACCUAGCAGUAGCUUUCAUAUGUUUCAAAAUUCACCUCCUAGUAACAGUUAUUCGCUUGCUAAUAGUUAUCCCCAUAGCAACAACUUUCCGGACAAUAGCGUUGAUCUCAGUAAUUUUUCACCACACCAUCUCUCUCAAAGGCGAAUGACUGAAAUGUAUUCAGUAGAAACUCAGAGUGAUCUUUCAAUUCAUGAUAUUCAUCAUUUAGAAACCAAGGUAUCUAAUGACUUACAGAAGAAAGAAAGUAGAAUUGAUGAAUUACUUAGGACGAAUGUACAGUUACGACAAAGGAUUGACUCGCUAGAAAAAGAUUUAGAGAAACAGAAAGACACAUGCAAAAAGUGUGUGGCAAUGAAUAAACAAUUGUUAUUAGAAAAGUCAUUACAAGAAAAAAAAGAAGUGAGGAAACGGAGCAUGGAGAAUAGACUACGACUUGGACAAUUUACAACCCAACGGCAGGGGGCAUCGUUUGUUGAAAGCUGGCAAGAUGGCUUUGCAUUUACUGACCUCAUGAAACAACAAGAGAGCAUAUCUUCUGAGAGAGAAGAACUUGAAAGACAUCGUAAAUUGCUACUCAAGAGAAAACCAGGCAGUGCAUCACAGUCUAUUAGUAGUAAAAGUAAUAAACCAAAAGCAAAUGGUGGUGACGAUGGUUUUCUCAAACCACCAGCACCAUCUUUAACACUCCAAGAAUACUAUGAACAAGAAGAGAUUCUAAAAUUAAGAGCUGCUUCUCUUAAAAAAGAGGAACAGGAUCUACAAGUAGAACUAGAAAAGCUGGAAAGGGAACGCAAUUUGCAUAUACGAGAAUUAAAACGUAUACACAAUGAAGACCAGUCCAGAUUUAAAGACCAUCCUGUACUAAAUGAACGUUACCUAUUAUUGCAUUUACUUGGUAAAGGUGGCUUUAGUGAAGUUCAUAAGGGUUUUGACCUGAAAGAACAAAGGUAUGUGGCAUGUAAAGUUCAUCAACUAAAUAAAGAUUGGAAGGAAGAUAAGAAAGCUAAUUACAUUAAGCAUGCUUUAAGAGAAUAUAAUAUUCAUAAAACGCUGGACCAUCCAAGAAUAGUUAAACUGUAUGAUGUCUUUGAAAUUGAUUCAAAUUCAUUUUGUACAGUUCUAGAGUACUGUAAUGGCAAUGAUUUGGACUUUCAUCUGAAACAAAACAAAAUGGUGCCUGAGAAGGAAGCCAGGUCAAUUAUCUUACAGACCGUCAGUGCCUUGAGAUAUUUGAAUGAAAUCAAACCACCUAUUAUACAUUACGAUUUAAAACCUGGUAAUAUACUCCUGGGUAAAGGAUCAGUCAGUGGCGAGAUUAAGAUUACAGAUUUUGGAUUAUCUAAAAUUAUGGAUGAUGAUAAUUACAAUUCUAUGGAAGGUGGUAUGGAUUUAACUUCACAAGGUGCUGGAACAUAUUGGUAUUUACCGCCAGAGUGUUUUAUUGUUGGUAAAUCUCCUCCCAAGAUAUCGUCUAAAGUCGAUGUCUGGUCGGUUGGUAUUAUCUUCUAUCAAUGUUUGUAUGGCAAAAAGCCAUUUGGCAAUAAUCUUUCCCAAGCUAGUAUACUAGAGCAGAAUACUAUUCUUAAAGCUACCGAUGUGGAUUUUCCAUCCAAACCUGUUGUUAGUAACGAGGCCAAGCAUUUCAUUAGGAGAUGUCUGGUUUACAAAAAGGAAGAGAGAGCAGAUGUACCCAUACUAUCAAAAGACCAGUACUUACAGCCGGGAAUUAGGAGAACACCAUCUACUAGUACAGCGGCUAGUUAAUAACAAUAGCCAACCCUGUUGGUUAUUGACACUGCCACUCUUCCAUUUACUGAUUUUAACAAGAUGUAUCAUUUGACAACCUCCUAUGGAAUACGAAUGGUUUCAAAUCAUUUACAUUAGUUUGUUUUGAAAAAAAAAAGAAUUAUGCUGCAAUGGGUGGGAUGUACAUGGACGAUGCACAGCAUUGACUGUUAGUGUGCUGGAUUGAUCAGCUGAACAUGUUGAAAGUCGGAUUGGCCUUUCUUUAAUGUACAGUUUCUACUCGUUUACGAUACCCAAUACACACGUUACACAACAUGCAACCCCCACACCACCAACCGAUGCCUCUCCAAUAUCGUCAUCUUGUACACAAAUCAGGUUUAUUAUGUGCUAGCAGAUCACCACGUAUCAAUCAAGACAUCAUGCCAGCCAGCCAGCACCAGACACCAAUUUGGUGUGCUAUAGAAUCUAUGUCUACCACAGCCAACCAGCCAACAACAAACAAACAAGCUCACAUUCAGUCAGCAACACACAGCUGCAAGCAAGCCAGCAAUAGCAUCCAAGCUAAAUAGCAAGACACACACACAGUCAGUCAGUCAGCCAACCAGUCAGCAACACACAACUGCAAGCAAGCAAAAGCAUCCAAGCCAAAUAGCAAGAGACACCAAGUUGGUCAGCAAUAGAGACAGCUUGUACAGCAAUUCCUGUCAUGUAUCAAAGGCUUUGAAUAUAAUUGCAAAAUUCAACACAUCACUAUAGUGUGUGUAUGUUGGACAUUGUUGUUUAGAUCAAACCUCAUUGUUUUCAAGAAUGGCGACUUUUCCAAUGACCUAAUAGAAAAACUUAACUACAUAAAUGCCCCCCCCCCCAUAAUAUUUGUUCUUUUGUUUUGUGCUCUUCAUUUGUGUGAAAACUUUCAAUGACUUGAGCAAUUAUGACCAUAGAAUUUCACAUGGUGCAUGGUUGAACCCAGUCGUGCUCAUAAUCUUAAAUUGAGCAGGUAUCAGGUCACAUAGCUAGUGGCUCUCUUCGCUUAGAGUAUAGUAACUCAUGCAGCACUUGCAUAACUAGCCCAAUAAGAUACUGUGCAUAUUCAUCUUUAUAUAUUGUUUCAGCACCGUUCACCGGAUUUGGUGGACUUCAGAUUUGUCACAACACAGAGUUCAUUUGUUGAGGUACCGGUACUUAUUGUCAAACCUCGCUGUUGAUGAGGCUGAACUAAGAGGACCAAUAAUUGGCAGUAAAUGUAUCCAUGAGGAAAUAGUUCUAAUAAUCAUAAAUUUGGAUAAUUGAAGUUGUAUUGAACAAGAAACAGACUCAUUAAAAAGUAAUAAAUCUACGUUAUCUAGAUUAUUGCACCACCAUCUGAA